AGUCACAUACGUUCCGGUCAUGUGACUUGCGCCGUCGAAAAUGACCGCUGGACACAGCCAGCAGAAUGCAGCAGUGGUCUUGUUGUUCAUUCAUGUCUGUUUCUCUGGUGGUUAUCAACUGACUGAGUUACAGGGCCUGUGCCAUCUCUGCAACGGGACAGUCCAGAACGGCACAGCUGUGAGCCAGUUCUGUUCCGCGUCUGCGGGUUUGAUUGAUGGCCGCUGCUGCCUGCUGCGAAAAGAAAACGUCAGGGAUGCUGACCACGUCAUCGGGUUGGACCUAUCAAACUGUUCCCUGAGCCGUGUGGAAGACCUUCGAGAUGCAUUCAACGCUACAACAAUAGAUCUCUCACUGAACCCCAUUGUAAACCUGGACGAUUCACUGUUUGAAGGCUUUAUCCAGUUAGCUAACCUGAUUCUGCCUGCCAACCUGGUCUGUCCAGGAGGCAAUGCAUCAUGGGAUAAGGUGAAGGUCAAAGGGGAAACUCAUUUUUGUGAAGGACAGAAAGACAUCUGUAACCAGACUGAUUAUUUGUCGUUGAACUGCCCUGAGAACUCUCUCUGUGUACCAUACGGUCCGGGCUUCUUUCAAUGUAGCUGCGUGGAGGACUUCCGUGGAUACAAGUGUCUUCGAGAGGGAGAGUUUCCUAUAAUCCAGGUGUUCGGGCCUCUAGCGGGCUCCACGGUCCUGGUCUCCAUCCUGCUAUGGGUCACCCAAAGACGCAAGGCCAUAUCAGUCUGAGGUUGUACCCGAGCCCCUGGUCUGAGGCCUAGUCCUAGGACAUUUUCAAGUGGUACUGACCUGAAACAGCAGGGGAAAUGCUGAGUGGACUGUUGAUUGAAAUGGUCUCAGGGGUUAAUGUUAUAAUGCUGACAGUGGACUGUUGAUAGAGGAGAUGGUCUCAGGGGUUAAUGUUAUAAUGCUGACAGUGGACUGUUGAUAGAGGGGGUGGUCUCUGGGGUUAAUGUUAUAAUGCUGACAGUGGACUGUUGAUAGAGGAGAUGGUCUCAGGGGUUAAUGUUAUAAUGCUGACAGUGGACUGUUGAUAGAGGGGAUGGUCUCUGGGGUUAAUGUUAUAAUGCUGACAGUGGACUGUUGAUAGAGGAGAUGGUCUCUGGGGUUAAUGUUAUAAUGCUGACAGUGGACUGUUGAUAGAGGGGAUGGUCUCUGGGGUUAAUGUUAUAAUGCUGACAGUGGACUGUUGAUAGAGGGGAGGUCUCUGGGGUUAAUGUUAUAAUGCUGACAGUGGACUGUUGAUAGAGGGGAGGUCUCUGGGGUUAAUGUUAUAAUGCUGACAGUGGACUGUUGAUAGAGGAGAUGGUCUCUGGGGUUAAUGUUAUAAUGCUGACAGUGGACUGUUGAUAGAGGAGAUGGUCUCUAGGCCCAUAUGACAUUGUUUUAAGACUUAUCUUUGAAAGGCACUCUGUCAGAAUUGACAGUGUUUUCGAUGCUCAGUGUGUAAUCGCCACAAAUUUUGCAAUUGUUGUACAGCUAGCAGCCAUUUAUCUCGAUCAACAUGGCAUUAUGUUCAACAUGAGCUGGAACUCAAUUUAUGUUCCAGUCAUGGUUUACUAAGACCAUAACUGAAGCAGGUAACGUCAUCUACUUUGCAUGUGAAUAAGUCAUUUGUAGUAGGAGCUAUAUAAUGUGCAAUAUAAAUUGCAAUAGCAACAAAAUAUUUUAAUUGUUUGGGAAAACUGACAAGAUAUCGACUUGAUAAAAUCCCAUUAUAGGGAGACAUGAGCAAAACACAUUGCUUGCAGACAGUACCGCUAAUGUUGACUUGUUCAUACAUGGUUACAGAUGAAUUGAUGUUUAUAAACUGAAAUGGGUUGCCUUUUUGUAUUUUACCUUUAAUUAAAGAAAGAUGUUAUACACGGA